UAGCGUACAGCAAGUUCAGAGAGGAGGCAAUUAGAAGCGUUUAUUAGAAGGAAUGGGGAUGAAGGUAGAGCAAGUUCUUCACAUGGUUGGAGGUGCUGGAGAGACCAGCUACGCCACCAACUCCAGGGUUCAAGAGAAGGCAAUAUUUGAAGCAAAGCCCAUAGUGGAGGAGGCCUUGAGAGAGGUCUAUAAGACUGCCCUGCCUGAGAGCAUGGUGGUGGCUGACUUGGGUUGCUCUUCUGGUCCUAACACAUUUCAUGUGGUUUUCGAGGCCAUCGAUAUCGUGGACGAUCAGAGCCGACGGCUGGGACGGCCCCCGCCGGAGAUCCUGUUCUUCUUGAACGAUCUCCCGGGGAAUGACUUCAACAGUAUUUUUCAGUCUUUGGAAGUACACGAGGAGAAAUUAAAGGAAGAGAAGCAAGAGUGGAUUCCGCCGUUCUAUGUUGUGGGAGUGCCUGGCUCUUUCUAUGGAAGGCUUUUCCCCUCUCGAAGCGUUCAUUUCUUCCACUCUUCCUACUGUCUCAUGUGGCUCUCUCAGGUUCCUCCAGGAGUUGAGAGUAAUACUGGUGUUCCAUUAAACAAGGAAAACAUUUACAUAUCAGAGACAAGUCCACCUACUGUGGUGGAAUCAUAUCAAGAGCAAUACCGCAGAGACUUCACGACAUUUCUCAAGUCUCGUUUCCAAGAACUUGGUUUCGGAGGACGAAUGGUCCUAUCGUUUUUAGGAAGGACUAACAAAUAUGCACCAAGUGGAGAACUGAGCCAGCUUUGGGGACUACUGGCUGAGGCACUCAAUGCUAUGGUCCUAGAGGGUAUCUUGCAAAAGGAAAAGGUGGAUGCCUUCAAUUUGCCUUUUUACGCACCUUCUAUGGAGGAGGUAAGGGCAGUGAUACAAAGCGUAGGAUUAUUUGAUCUCGAUCAAGUAGAAAUAUUCAAGUCGAACUGGGAUCCAUUUGAUGACUCUAGUGAUGAUCGCAUAUACGACAAUAUUAUAAGCGGAGAAAAUGUGGCAAAGUCUAUAAGAGCAGUGAUAGAACCCGUGAUUGCUCGUAGCUUUGGGGAGCAUAUACUUGAUGAUUUAUUCUCAAGAUAUGCAAAGAAUGUUGCAAGGCAUCUCUUGGAGGAGAAGACUAAGCAUCCUGUUUUUGUCAUUGCUUUGAAGACAAAAGUGUGAGGAUCAAUUUGGAUCUUUAAUAAUCCAUCGGUACAAUUCACUUGUCAUAAUGGAAAAUCAAUAAAAAUAUUGAUUAUGUCCUUAAUGGUUGUAAUGGUAUUUAGAAAAGAUUGAAUCAUUAUUAGUAUAAAAUGGAAGCUU